CGUAAUCUCACCCCUAAGUACUAACUGGCUGUCUCGCACGAUUUCUUCCUCAGGCACCCAUCAAUUUACCUAAGGCACGUUCUUGUCGCCAAGUGUCGAAUCGGCGUCAUCCGCAUCCUCAUUCUCGAACCUUAGCUCCUCUUUCGUUCGCCCUGACUCUUUGCCAUCGUCUUCCACCAACAACCACUUCCUCAAAUACACCAUCCUACGACAUGAAUUCACCCCCCGACAACGACCCGGACAACGACCCGGACACGGAGCCAACGGGUUCUGAGGCAUCCUUUCCUUUUACGAAGCUACCCCUCGAGCUGCAAUUCUUGGUCUGGGACUACUACCGAGACAGCCUACCGGUAAUUCGCCACUGCUUCUCGAUAAGCAGCGAGGGACGUCGCAUCUAUGCGACCUACGACGAGGGCUCUUUGUUGAUCGUCGAUAGGCACGUGAGUCAAAAGGACGACAGCUCGUCCUACCUGCCUUACAUGACCAAGAUCCGGUUCACCGGCCACAUCCUGGCGCCCAGAAGCUACGGGGCCGGGUUUCCGUCUGAUGAUGCCAGCGUCAGCCUGAGGCAGGUGUUCAUCUGCGCCGACCUAGAGCGGGACGUGUUCCACUUCAACUACCGGGGCCGCCCCGUGCAUGGGCUGGACGAGUGGUUCUGCUUCCUCCGCAACCCGAUCCGCCGCCACCCGCCGCCCGAGCUGCCCCGCGACCACUGGAUCUCCCAGGUCCGCAACCUCACCCUCACGCACCCCCGCACCGGGACCCUCACCCUGUCGGACUGGGACCGCCACGUGCUGUCGCGCAUGCGACGCCUCCGGACCGUGCACCUCUCCGUCUGCCCCCAGGCCCGUUUGCACGCGUACGUAGUCGGGACCAGUGUUUUCACAGCUCAGACGCUCGACACGUUUGUCAGCCAAUACGCCAGCAUACCGUCCUUGCAGAGUGAAUUCGAGUCUCUCGGCAUCUACCCUGAGUUCAGAACUUGUCUAGACCCGAAGGGACUGUGCAUGGGAGCGACGUGUGGUCAAGCUUGGCUGAGGUGGCACUCGUGGCGCCGUCUCAUAUUCAUAUAAGGAUACGAUACGGACAGAACUAGAUGCCUAGGUACUUAAUUAAGUGUAUCUUAGCCGAAAUGUCCAGCGCUUUCUAGCUAAAUGCCGGCUGAUACUACCGUCUGAAACGUG